CAAAACGCCCAGACAACCGAGGCGCCUGCUUCUUCGUUGUUGCCGCAGGCUAAGACUGUAUUCUCACUUACGGACGUCUCGCUCGACAAACUGCCUGUGCCUCGCCGCGUGCACAAACAUCCUGUUAUCCAGUUGAUGAAAUUGACGAAGAGAAGUGAAUAUUUGGAUUGGAAAACGGACGUUAGGCUAAACUUCACUAUGAGCUCUCUUGGAAGUAUGACUUUUGGCUUAGAACGCUUUGACGAAGCACGUGCCAGCACCGAUCUGCAGUAUCUUUCGACGUGGGUAGAACGAAGCCGCAAGGCGUUCACCACGCUUGCACUCUCCCUUAGCGUUCAGCUACGGCGUACGCUGGACGUUGAGCGCUUCGAACCCUGCAUGGACGCUCCAUCCCAGCUCUGGGAUGCAAUUCGCGCUCACUUUGAGCAAGGCAACGGCGUGAACCCGACGUACUUGAAAGCACAGAUGUACAAUCGCCGCUUGCAGGCGAGCGAGAACGUAGAUACGUUUGUCCAAGCUAUGGAGCGCCGUCGUCGUCUACUGCUGGACAACGGUGGGUCCAUGGAGGAUUGGGAGCUGGCAGACCUGUUGCUGUCCAACUCCCUGCUAGUGUUCCCACAGCUUGCCAUGGAUCACACGCUGUGGCUCGGCGAGCACCAUUCGAGAGACCUGAGCCUUCCUGCUGCUGUGCAGCGGUUGGGUACUGCUGAGCAGAGUCACCAGCAGCUUCGCCAGCAAGGCAGCAACAGUGCGGAUAAUGGAGCGCACGGGCUUUCAGCGCGUCAAGUACAUGGUGUUGCGGCUCAAGAUCAAGGGCUAGGGCGCUCUAAUAAGAAACGAAAGAGCAAUCAAAAGCAGCAAGCUCAACCUCGCAAAUCGGUUAAGCAACUGAAAGCUGAUACUGUUUGUGUCAAUUGCAAAGCAAAGGGACAUUGGUAUGGAGACCCGCAGUGUCCUGUACCUAUGACACCGGAGCAAACGACAGCCCGUGCAAAACGCGAAAACAUUGAGAAGAAACGUCGUACAGAAAAGAACGUUCGCUCGUUUGCUGGAGCUGCACUUACGCAAUUACUGCAGACCAUCGUAAGCAAAUUGAUGGGCCGUGGUCACCGACAUCUCCACCCUCGUCACCCUUGCUACGACAAGGGCAACUCCAAGUCGGAUACCUUUCCAGUUAUCAUGUACCGCAGAAAACGCAGCGUCAGCCCCUGGACGAGCAACAACAUUAUGACCGCCGUAGUGCACCUCGAGGCAACGAUCGCGGAAGGUCAACAGAGCAGAAUCUCCCAUCGCCACGAGCCGGUAACUGAAGACGCAACCAAUCACCGCGACUAG